GGAGUAGAAAGCAAGUUACCAAAUGAAAUGCGUCUCUUGCAGUAAUUGUGAGUUUACGUGAAAAAACAACAGCGAUUUGUCGUGAAUUUUGAGUUAUAGAAUGUUGGUGCUGUAACGAAUCGUAUUCAACUUUAUGAUCACGUGACUAUACUCCGGGGACCCAGGAAACUUGGCCUAGUAUAAAGUGAUUGUGUAAGAACAACGAGCGUUGGUGCAAGAAAAUAUUUAAAACUGAAACGUUUAAAAGGCUAAUGCUGUUUUGCUGAUAUGCCCAAUCUCUACUUAAUAAAGCGAUGGCCCAGUUAUUCAGUGACCCUUUACUGUAGUAUGUAUCAUCUCACCGUCGCGGCUAGUUAGCUAGCGAGCAAUCAGAAUCAAACACAUAGUAGAAACGGGAAUACGCGGUUAUUUAAUCUAGAAAACAUUCUCAAGCGGUCUGAUCCAUGGUAAACUAAUUUAGAAUGAUAAGAGCUAACGGUUGACAUAGCGUCGCAAGUUUAUUUUACUCAUCGGAAAUCACGUGUAAUUGAGACGUUCAUAUAAUAUGCCAGUGGCAAGCCACAUGGACAUGGCCAACUAAAAUGAGUCAGUCUGGUUCUAAUGCAUCACAGUGUGAUUGCGUCAUAAUAUUACUACGGCAUGUAGCUUAUAACCGUUAUGACGUAAACAAACGAGUGCGCUGUAUUAUUACCAGUUAUGUUAUUUGUUUAAUAUCACUUCUCGCUGUUCAAUCGUAGAUGAAAAGUGAAGUUAAUUAGAACGGCUGCUUUCUGGACUACAGCUAGAUGUGGCAAGACCGCUAGAGGGCAGAAUGAGCCAAGCAAAGGCUAAGGGGACGCCGAUCUCCAGGGCCAAACUUGGGGAGCAGAUCUUUGUGAAAACGGAUGACUUCAUCCUGUCCGACCCACAAAUGCACAUAAUAAAGCCGAGUUACAACAGCCUGCAUGAUCCUCACCUUCGCAAAUACUACCAUCGCAAGGACAUGCAGACCCUGCUGAGAAAGAGAAACUUUAUUACAGGAGAGAAAGAGGUAAGAUGCUCCUUUAAGGAGUAUAAAAUGCACCAGAGGUACUUGGAGCACCUCAAGAGCAUCGCUGACCGAACAAACGGGGAGAUCCAGAGGUCCAAGAUGAGGCUGUUUCUGGAGAAGCAGCAGGAAGGGCUCAUCCCCCUGGACAUGACGCUCACAGACAUGAGGGAACAGCUGCUGGAAGAGGAGGUGGAGUGUCUUCGGCAGGUCAUGAGAGCUGAAGGAUUUCGGGGGACAAGAAAAUAUGACCCAGAGGAUUAUAGAAUAGAAAUGGACCUGCUGAGCUGGAAGGUGGAGGAGCGGGCGCGGCUCCGGAGAAUCGAAGCAGAGGUGCGCCAUGAAUGGAACAGAGAGAGGCAGCUGAGAGACGCCCAGGAGAGGAGAGAGAGGAAGAAACACACUGCAAUGGUGCGCAAAUGUACUGUGCACCAGCUGCAGGUGAUAGAGCAGGCGAAGCUGUCGGAGGACUCUGUGAUGGAGGAACGCAACAAGAUAUAUAAACCACCGUCCAGGAACAGUGCAAAGAAAACAAAUCUCACUCCAUCAAGGAACACCACAAAGACAGCAGCACCUUCUCUUCAGCCCACGGACCGAGUUCAGAGCUUUGUGAUCAGACCCAGAAAGCAGACACAAGUGACACAAGCAGCUUCACCUGAGCAGAAUUCCGCAGUUGAAGAUGAGGUGGAAGAGAGAUCCAGGAAAUCCCGGAUCCAGGUGUCGGUGGUCUAGAGGGGGCGGAAUACUGGAGAUCACUCAGCCCAGGUGCUGUAUGAAUGUGGCUGAAAUAUGGAGUCUGUGCGGGAUGUGGUGAAGGCCUGAGAUCUGAGCCUGCAUUACUGUCCCGCUACAGACGGCGAGCGAGACGGGGCGACGGGGGCAGAAUGGGAGGCAGUUCGAAACCUGGCGGAUUUAUCCACCCCCCUUCUAAGAACAAGCUAAUAAAUAAUGAAUCAAACUCACUCAAAAUAGCUCUAUUUACAUUACAAACCGAUUUUACUGACUGCUUGUGUAUUACUGCUAUUUCAAGGGUGAGUUCUAGUUUGGGUUAAAACAUUUUUCCAAUGGUGUCUUAUAGCUCAGGCUCACAGGUGUGUUACCUGUGGGUAUGGCAGUGGUGCUCCAAAUCAGGGCUCCUGUUAUGAGAGACCAGGCCUGGCCGCUCUUUCUGCCAAUCAGAUUCAGAGAAAUUGUGUCCCCAGCCAGGCAGGAACCUCAUUGGCUCCACACACAGCGUGAGGUAAAUAUUCAGUCCAAUCUUGUGACUGAAACUGUGAGGGAGGAACAGGAGUCAGGCUGGUUUGGGGAUUUGAGGACGGUAUCUUUACUGUGUGAAUUCAGACUGCACUUUACACACACACACUCACCAUGAGAUGCCAGCACCAUGUGGGAAUUAUCCUUAGUGGAUUACUCAGACACAGAACAUUUCCUGAAUGCACAGUUCAAAAGAGUGGCAAAAAUGACACUUUUUUUUACACAGAGCGACUUACACAACAUACACAUGGCAAUUAAGUUGCAUCCAUUUAGGCAGCUGGAUACAUAUUGAAGCAAUGCAGGUUAAGUACGUUGCUCAAGGAUACAACGGCAGUGUCCUACCGGGGAAUUGAACCUGAGACCUUUUAGGUUACAAGACCAACUCCUAAAAAUCACUACUUCUGGUGAAGAACAGAAAUGAGAUUAUUAAUCACAUAUAAAAGACUGCUAUGGAGCUGGUGACUGUUUGAAUUUAUAUUUUAAUACUUUUGUUCUUUAUUCCUAUGUGUAUUCUACAUUGAAAUAUUGAGGUUUCGUCUGUAAAUGUGGGUUUUUAUACACAAGCUUUAGGGUUACAGGCUUACAGCUAGUCUGAAACUGUGCAGCAUCAGAACUUCAGGAGGAAAGCCAGACUGGUCUUUCCAUGUGUUCAUGAAGAUUAUAGAAUUUAUAAUACAUACAUUUAGCCCAGCUAACAUGUGUAACGGACUGAGGAGCACAUUGUCAGGAACCAAAUCUUUGAUGUCCCAGUGCACUGCUAGUAUGGAAAUGGAACAGGCAUUUAAUAAAGAGAUAAAGAGAAAAAGAGAAGGAAUACACCCUUUUAAAGUCCUCCCCAAAUCCUUUAAUGAGAUUUUGGUUGUGUACAAGCAUUUCAGGAUUGUCUAGGUUACAUACAUGAAUAGAAAAGGCACACAAUGCAUCACACAGUCUAUCCCCAAAAACUCAGCCCAUUAUUCUGUGAUUUCAAGUGUUUCCCUAAGUACAGUAAUUCUCCUUAUAUACAGUCUUUCAUCAACAACAGAUCAUGCUAAUACACAGGUAAAUUCAGUAGUUAUUGUUUUCUGUAUAUAUGUACAUUUUAAUGUUUAUUAAAAAGCUUUAAAUACAUGCUUUACUUGUAGGAAUUACAAGCAGACUGUACAGUGUUAUUGCGAUAAAAAAACUGCCCACAUAUCUGGUGUGUUGAAGAGACUCACGGAUCCCUGUCCUUCUCCCUGCGCCACACGGCUUGGGGUCACAGCCAAUGAGAGACUGCUGAACAGGGGUCCCCACACUCUAGCACUGCUUUCAAUGGGGCACAAACACAGGA